CUCUGGUAAAACCUAUCUGUCCCUCUUUAUUGUCAUUAUUGCUCUGAGUACUUUCAAUCGUAUACCGGAAACCGUCCUUAUGCUAUACUCCGGCUUUUGCGCGGGGUUUGGAACCUGCUUUGGUCUGGUAACAGGUCGUGCUUUGUCGGCGAUGGUGCCAGUCCGACAUCUGUACCUGAAAUGCUGUGGUGAGGUCUUUGGAGGCGUGCUACUCUCUCUGUGUUUCGGUCUCGCUGCUGGAUGGCACCUGACACCCGCUGACAAUAUUUCUUACGUUGCUGUCUUUACUGCUAUGGCACUAUUGCUUAUAGAAUGCUACCAGUACUACCAAUACUACUUGAGCAUUCCUGUCACACUGAUCGACGAGUCCAUGCGAGAGAAAGAAAAUGGGGCGCAGUCGUUCCCAACGAACCUGACGUUGAUGGACUUCGCUGGUGACGAGGAGUACUACAGUAUGCACCACAUCUUCCUCGCCCACGAGGCAGUGUACUUACUCGUGUUCAGUCUGGUUGAAGCUGUCCGAAAUCAGAACAGAACGCUGGAACGCCUACUGUUUUGGCUUCAUUCUGUGAAGACUCACGCCAGUAGUGAGGACUGCGCAGUGUUUCUGGUGGGAACACACCGAGACAGCGUGACUUCACUCCAAAGGCAAGAUGUCGCCACGUUUCUCUCUAAGAACCUGUACAGAUCAACCUGCUUUUCUUCCCUGCUUGUUCUAAAUGCCGACCACACGCCCUUGUUUCCCGUCGAGAACUCGAAGCCCGUUGAUGAGGACAUGAUCUGUCUACGCGACGCCAUAUGGACCAUGACUCAGCAAGCCAACUACGUACGCAGGCAACUUCCCAUCAGAUGGCUGAAGUUCUUAGAAGUCAUGAAGCGUACAGAAAAACCCAUCAUUUCCUUGGAUAACCUACGACAAGAGUGUUCUCAAAUUGGCCUGGAAAACGAAGAAGAAUUCUACGAUGUACUGACGACUUUCGACCAGGCUGGUGACAUCAUCUACCAAGGAAAUGAUGAAACCUUGAAGAACUACGUUGUGUUGGACCCACAGCUUCUUGUGGAUGCCAUGGCCAAGAUAACCUGUCCACAACCGACUCACAUUGGGAUGCCCAAGUAUGUCGAACAUCUGACUCUGCUCGAAAAGAAGGGAAUCGUUCGCUCCGACUUCAUCCAUAGCGCGGUUGCCCAACUCAACAUCGACGAGCCCUCCGUACUGCUGAAGCUGCUUGUUGCUUACGACAUGCUGUGUCCGUUAGGAGAGGAGGCCGACUGUGACCCUGGUCACACAACAUAUCUUGUACCUAGCCGGCUACCAGAAUACAACCCCAAGCUGCAUCGCAGCCUUUCGGAACGGCACGGCGACGAUGAUCAAAUCUUUUACAUCGACUUUGAGACCUUCAACCCCGACGUCGUGUACACCAGAGUCGUCGCAAGGUGCCUCGCCUUGUGUAAGGUGAAGGAGAAAACGCACACGCGCACCCAUGUCUUCCGAAACGUGGGGUGCUUCAACGUGGCCAACCGUUUCUGGUUCACCAUUGAGCCGAUGAGACCAGCGCCUGACCAAAACGUUCUGAAGAUAACUGUGACGUCAGCAACAGGAAGCAAUCCUUUUGACCUGCUUGGGAUGCUACACGACAUCCUUGAGGCCAUUCGGCGCAGGGAUUUCCCGAACAUGUCCUACACCAGUGGAGUCUGCUGUCCCUUCGAGGCACCACAUUCGGACUACACAGAACCAGAGAGAAUCCACGUGCUGAAGUUAGCAGGAAGUGGGGAGAUGUUCCCGAAUGAGAGCCACCCUCUGAUGUUCCUGUGUUGCGGACGAGAGCACCAGGUCGCGCGGGCAAUGAGUACUGCAGUGAGCCGCAGGUCCCGCCCUCAGACCCAGCUGCAGUACUCCCACAUCCAGCAGCUCGCCCUCCUGCUGGACCCCCCGCGAGUCCUCGGGAACGACUGGAAGGGUCUCGCCGAUCAUCUGGGCUACGGAGUGACGGAGAUCCUCAACUUCCAACGGACGGAAAGUCCAACAAUGGCGCUUCUCAUCGACUAUGGAACCAAGGUGGAUAAGUUUGAAGCCGCGAGAAAGAUCACGGAAGGUCUGGAGCUUCUCGGUCGUCUGGAUGCUGUCGCCGUGAUGACCGCAAACGUCAACAGGGGCGUUAGCCAUGAUGAAGACAAAUAAAAAGAAUUAUAAAUCCUUUGUAACAUUCAAUCUAUGAAAAAAAAACUUAGACUGCAUGCUAGGGGUGGGUACCAGUACAGAAAAGUCCCCGACCCGAUCGGAAAUGAGUUGUUACGUGGUUUACUAUGACUUUUUUGUGUGCGGCCGUAAUCAUAAGGUAUUGAACAUUACUCGACCCAAAAGGGUUGCUGGCUGGAUCACGGCCUAAUUUUUGGGGUUACAAUAUUUAAGGAAUCCUAGCGCGGCUUGUUCUUGUGCCGUUUUAACCAGAUUAUUUCGUUUUAACGCUUAUUAUAGACUGUAUUUUCAGAUCAAAGACCGAUAACUUUUGC